AUGAAUUCAUUAUUAAAUAAUUUAAUAAUUGAUUAUGAAUAUGACUUAAUUAAAGUUCAUCAUCAUAUUCAAAAAAAUAUUUUUAUUUUCCCAUUUAAAAAACAACAUUAUCAUUCAACUGUACUUGAAUGUUUAAUUAAUUUAUGUAGUAAAUUAAAAUAUGACGAAAAUGAAAAUUUAAAUUCAUUAGAUCAAUUUAAAAUAAUUUUUUAUAAUGAAAGUAAAUUUUUAAAUAAAAAUUUAAAAGAAUAUUUAGAAAUUUUAAAAAAUUCAAAAGAAAUUAAUAAACAUGUAAUUUGUGAUUAUUUUGAAAAAGAUAAUAAUGGUAGCGAAGAAAAGAAUCAAAAUUCAUCAAUUGUUUUUAAUUUUUUAAAUUGUUUUAAAGAUUAUUUAUCAAUGGAUAUUAUUGAAUUUAUUGUUAGAGGUAUUUCAUUUCAAGUACGUAGUUAUUGUAAUCUUAUUAAACCAAUCGAGCAAUGGAAACAAAAAACCUAUCAACAAAGAUAUCAACAAUUCAAGAAAGCAUUGCAUUUAAAUAAUGAAGUUUAUAAAAGAAUCGUUUGUAAUGGCGUUUGGAAAUCGGAGAAAUUAGAUUACAUUUAUCGUUAUAAAAGUGACCAGUUAUCAUUGGUUGGUAUAAUUGAAAGUGAUUGCUCAGAUUUAUUCAUUUCAACAUUAUUAAUCGAUUCAAAUAGUUAUGAACAAUUGGAGAAUGUUUGGAGAUUAAUUUGUAAUUUUGAUUCAUUUUCAAUUGCUUCCAAAUUUUUAAUUGAAUUUUUCAAAUUGGAUAAGGUUAAUAAUAAAUUAAAUUUUUCAAUUCAUCCAUCAUCAGAUGCAAAUGAAAAUUAUAAAAGAACUAAAACAUCAACCAAUUCAAAUUUAUCGAUUGAUCUCGUUAGAUUAUUAGAGUUUACAACUACAAACUUUAGUAUCAAUGUUGCAAAACUUUUAAUUUCAAAAUUCCCAACAUUUAUAACUUCAAUACCAUCAAGAAAUAGUUUAUGGGGUAUUGAAUCAAGAUCUUCGCUAAAUCCAAUUGAAAAUCAUUUUAGAAUUUUAAAUUGUUCUUUUGAUUUUAAUAAUCAUCAAAUUCCAAUUGAUAAACAAAAAGAUUAUAUUAAUUUAUUUACAAAAAAUUUAAUUCAUUUUAAUACUGAAAUUAAUGAAAUUGAAGAUUUAAUUUUAAAAGAACGAUAUCAUAUAUCAAUUAGAUCAAUUAAUAAUAAUAAUCAUGAUGAUGAUGAUUAUGAUGAUUAUGAUGAUGAUGAUGAUCAUCAUUCUGGUUGUAACAAUAAUAAUAAUAAUAAUAAUGAUGGUGAUCAUAAUGAAGAUGAAAAUAGUAUUAAAGAAGAAAGUUUAAUAGAAUUUUCAAAUUAUAAAGUUGAUUCAAUGAUUUCAAGAUUAUUAAAAUAUAAUGCACCGUCAACAACUAUUAUUGCUUUAUUAUCAAAUUUAGUUUGUAAUCAUAUGGGUGUUUCUCAAAGAAUUUUAAUACUUUCAACAUUAAUUGAAGAAAUUCAAAUGAUAGAAUCAUUAUUAGUUCAAAAUGAUAGUUUUAAAACUUUUAUGCUUUGCGAAUCAAUGGUUUCAACACCAAAUAGAUGGAGUAAACAAAGUAUUCCAUUGGUUUUCUUUGCUUAUAUUGGUAGUGAUAUUUUAAAUUUAAAAGAACGUCCAAUGUUUUAUAAAUUCUUUGAUUUAAAUCCAAGAUUAUUAUUAUCAAUCAUACCAGUACCAUUAAUUUUUAAAACUUUUUUAAGUUGUUCAGAUAUAAUUAGAAAUAAUUUUGAAGAUGAUUUAAUUAAUUUUGAAGAUGAUGAUUCAAGUAGUGUUAAUUUCUUUGGUUUCACUUCAAACUUUUCAAAUUCUGAUCAAGAUUAUUUGUCGGCUUUAGAAACUUGUUUUGAAAAUUCAAAUGUUUUCAAUGAUCAACAAUUAAAACAAAUGGCAAGAAAGCUAUUAACUUUUUCAAAGAGAGAAAAUCAAUCUAGAAUCGCUGAAUCUGAACUAUUGGAAGAGUUGGAACUUGAAGAAAAAAGAAAGAAACAAAAACAACAAGAAAAAAUUAAAAAAAGAUUAAAAAGAGAGAAAAGAUUAAAAGAAAAACAAGACUUACUCUUAAUUAAACUUGAAAAACAAAAAGAAAAACAACUUGAAGAACAAAUGAAAAAAAGAGAAAAGAAACUACAAAAAUUGGAAAGAAAAAGAUUAUAUAAAAAACUUCAAGAUGAUGAAAAACAAAAAUUAAUUGAAAAACAAAAACAAAAAGAAAAAGAAAAAGAAUUAUCAAAACAAAAAGAAAAAGAAUUUGAAUUAUUAAAACAAAAAGAAAUUGAUGAAAUUAAACAAAAAAGUAUUCAAGAAAUUGAUGAAAUUAAUAAAAAUAUUCAACAAAAUCAAUUAAAAAUUGAUGAAAUUAAUAAAAAAUUAGAAAUUAAAGAAAUUCAAAAUUUUCAAUUACCAUUAUUAAAUCAACAACAACAACAACCACCACCACUUCAAUUAUUAAAACAACAGCAACAACAACCAUCAUCAUCAUUAACUAUUCAAUUAGAAUCAAUAACACCAAUUUUAGAACCAAAAAAUGAUAAUGUAGUUUUAUUAAAAUCAUCAAUUGAAACUCCAAUUGAUUCUGUAAAGAAAAUUCAAUCAAUUAUUGAAAUUCAAUUAGAAGAAGAAAAUCAAAAGAAAAAAGAAAUGGAAACAAUUGAUGAAUAUGAAGAGAUUAAUAUUAAUAAAAAACAAAUUAAUAGUAAUAUGAAAUGGGGUGGAAUUGGUGAACCAUCUUGGAUUUCUGUUAAAAAGGAUAAUAAAAAAUCAAAAUCAACAAUAACAACAUCAACAACACCAACAACAACAACACCAGCAAAAGUAAUUACAUCACAAUUCAAAAAUGAACAAACUAAAAAAUUAAUAAUUGAAAAUAAUAAAAAACAAAAUUUAAUCAAUGAUAAUAAUAAUAAUAAUAAUAAUAAUAAUAAUAAUAAUAAUAAUAAUAAUAAUAAUAAUAAUAAUAAUAAAUUAAAUAAUAUAAUUCAAGAUGAAGAUUUUGUAUCAAUUGGUAAAUUUAAAUUUAAUAGAAAUGAAUCAAAUAUAUUAGGUAGAGGUUCAAAUGGUACAUUAGUAUUUAAAGGUUUAUGGAGUGAUAAAAUACCAGUUGCAAUUAAACAAAUGCAAAAAGCAUUCAAUCCACUUAUCAAUAAAGAAGUUGAAGCAUUAAUUUCAUUAACAAGUAAAAAUUGUUCAAAUAUGAUUAGAUAUAUUGAUAAAGAGGAAGAUAAACUUCAUGUAUAUUUAGGUUUAACAUUAUGUGAUGGAUCAUUACAGAAUUUAGUUGAAAGUGGUAAAUUAAAUGAUUUUGUUAUUUCAUCAAACAAAUCAAUUAUUGAACUUGCAAAAGAUAUUCUCUUUGGUAUUCAAUUCCUUCAUUCUCAUGAUAUUGUUCAUAAUGAUUUAAAUCCACGUAAUAUUUUAACAUUAAUUGGUAAAACUAGUAAUAAUAAUAAUAGUUCAAAUAACUCAUUCAUUAUAUCAGAUCUUGGAUUAAGUAAAAUGGAAGUUGAAUCAUCAUAUUCAUUUACAAGUAAUAUACCAACAGGUCAAGGUGGUUAUCAUCCAUUUGAAGUAUUACAAAGUAAAAGAAUGACAAAAUCUGUCGAUAUAUUUUCAUUGGGUUGUAUUUUAUUUUAUCUUUUAACAAAUGGUCAACAUCCAUUUGGUAAUGAUAAAUUAUUUCGUAUAGUUAAUAUAAUUUCAAAUAAAAUGAAUCUAACUCCAUUGAAUUCAAAUCAAUUGGCUUGUACUUUAAUUAAAUCAAUGAUUUCAAAAGAUGAAUCAAUUAGACCAACCAUCCAAAAUGUUUUAAAUCAUCCAUUGUUUUGGAAUUUAGAAAAGAAAAUACAAUUCAUUGAUGCAGCUUUAAAUUUAAUUAAAGAACCUUCAAACUCAAGUUACAAUUCAAAGUUAACAAAACAAUUAAAUCAUUGUGAUGAUAAUGAUGAACCAUUUUUAAAUGAUUCUUGGAAUCAUUUAAUUGAUGUAACCAAUCUUUUAACACCAACAAAAGGUUCAAAAAUAACCAUUUCAUAUCAAUAUGAUAAAGUUAGAGAUUUAAUUAGAUUCAUUAGAAAUACAAUUGCUCAUCAUAAAGAAAUUAAAAGAGCAAUCAUUCAACAAUUUCAAAAUCAACAAUCACGUCCAAAUUUAGAAGUUUUAGAGUAUUUAUCAAGUCAAGAUUCUAUCUUAUUAUAUUUUGAAUCAAAAAUUCCAAAUUUAAUUCAUCAUAUUUAUCAACAAUUAAAACAAUAUUCUUUAACUAUUGAUUAUUUAUUUAAUUUUUAUAAUUAA